GUUGUAUGAUAAGAAAUACAGAUGAUGAACUAUAUUCUGAAAUACCUAUAAAUGGCGUUAUAAAUGUAUUUAGCCAUGGUAUUCAUUUAUGUAAUUCUGGUUACACUACUCACCUUUCUUGUGGAUAUAUCAAAGGAUUCGAUGGGAUUUUGAUAGAUAAAGAUGGUAUUUUAACAGAGAAAUUAAUCACAAUAAAUGUUAAAACCAAAAAACCAGGAGGAGGUAACAGUGGAGGGCCCCUAUUUAAUUAUAUAGAUUUAUAUGAAGUAGAUAUAGCUGGUAUAUACGUUGGAUAUAGUGGAUAUAGCAAAACUCAUGGCCUUGUUGGUGCUCAACGAAUAGAACAUAUUCUUAGUACUGCUAGAAUAGUUUUGGUCAACUCAAAUAAUUCUAAUUUAGGGGAAGGGAGCGGAACGAAAGGAGUGUGA